AUGCGGACUUGGUCAGCUGGCACCUUGGAAUUGCCCGUGCGAUCGACUCCGGACAUCUCCCCGUCCUUGGGACGACAGGAACCUGGUCUCCGCGACAAGAGACGUUCUGUGAUAGGCUUGUCACGUCGGGACUCCGGUGGCGGCGAGAGCUUCUCUAGUGGUUCGAUCCGCGAUGGUGGACCGGUGAUAUCGAAGUGGGAACAGCUUCCUUUAGCUCCAGAGUUGUUGCGUUCUCUGAGUAAAUUCGGCGUUGGUCCUCCGAAUAAGAUACAGCAGCGAGCUUUGCCCUUCUUGCUCCGCGGUGCAGAUAUCAUAGCGCAGGCUCCUCCAACGCAGGAGCGUAUCGCUGCAUAUGUGAUUCCUGCAAUUCAAGUGGCUCUCACACACUCGUUGAAUCGUCCCCCGAAUCGUGGACCUAUCGUCCUUAUGAUCUCCACAACGGUCGAUCAGGCCACUCAGGCGCAGCGUAUGAUUCGCGACUUGGGCGGGCCCAUCGGGGUUAGAUCCGCUCUUGGAGUUGGAGCAACCAGCAUAAAUAGCGACCUUAGCCAAGAAGUUCGUCUCCUGCAACAGAGUAUACCGCACAUUAUCUGUGGUACUCCUCAGAAGUUGCACGCACUAUUCACCGCCCCAGGCGGCCUCGUGGGGUCAGAAGUACGGUUCUUGGUCAUUGACGAAGUGGAUCAACUCAUUGCGCGCAAUCUGCACGAGUUCGUCUUCAACAUCGUGAAACUCCUUCCACCUCCUCGCUCUAGGUCUACUCCGAAUGCGACUUCUGGUCCGAUUGGGACGUCUUCGUUCUCCUCCCCCGAACCCAAUCUGCUGAACCCGUUCCCCAACCAGAAUCAGAACCGGCGCUUGUCUGGAAUAAUCACUCCGAACGGCGGGGAUGCGGCAGAGGGUGCCUCUAUGCAAAUAGAACGUCAGACCGCCCUCUUUUCCAACACGGUCCCUCAAGACGUCUUGAACCUUGCAUCAGCCAUCCAACUCCGUGAACCGGUCCGGGUCCUGGUUCGCCGCGAUGGCAAUGUCACCCACGCCGACACCAAUCAAGGUUCCCGAGGCCUACGCCAGUUCUAUUUGUAUCUUGCCUUCACUGCUGGUGGAGGUCGCUCAGAGCCGCUACCCCCUCCUGGAAGUGGCUUGGGUAUCAUAGGCUCGGGGCGUGGCGCUUCAAGCGCGGAAACGGCGCAGGCCAGGGAAUGGAAGCUGGACGCUCUCGCCGACCUCUUCCAGGAUAUAGAUGUACCGCAAGCUAUAGUGCAUGUUGGAGGUAUGACUGCCCUCGAUUCAGUGGUGUACAAGUUAGCUAGUUGUGGCUUGGAAGCUGUCCCGUUGCACGGUGAUAUGAACGCUGGGACCAAACUGGCCGCUCUCAACAAAUUUAGGACUGCAACUGCAAGUAUAAUGAGGCAGCCGACGACAAAAGUGCUUGUUGUUUACGACGUACAAGUCAAAGCGCCGGAGGUCUCUCACAUCCCUCUCAUCAUUAAUUAUGAUCUCCCUAAGGCCGUUGAAGAAUACAUGUCUCGUAUUAACCCAGCGAUGGCAUCCAAUCAUGGACGCGCUGGAGUCGUCAUUAAUUUCGUUACUGCCACCGGUGGUGAUGUUGAAAUGCUCCGCUCUAUCGAAUGCCAUUACAAGUAA